AAUUCAUUGUAACUUUCAUUUACUCAGCGACUCUGAUUUUUUUCUUUUUUUUCUUCUUUAAGACAGCGGCCAUGAAAUCUACUCAAUGCAUUCCGUUAUAAGAAAUUUCGCUGGUCAGUCAAGACCGUACUUGAAGCUUAAGAGCGCCUGGUCUUCAAGUUCUGGAACGCCCAUUCUGCGCCGGCUCUAUGCUACAACGCAGCUUGACUUGCCUGCUUUAGACCGAAAAUGGCGCCGGGUCUCGAAGCGCAGCGAGCUCCCCGAAGAGGGUCGUCAGCUUCGUGGAGGAACAGGUAGUGUCGCUGCUCUAAAGAAUCAUGACUCUCAGUCCACCAAUAAUCACAUGUACAUACUUUCUAUGUUCCCUUAUCCUUCAGGCAACCUUCACCUCGGCCAUCUUCGAGUAUACACCAUAGCGGACGUGAUAGCACGCUUUUAUAGUUUACAGGGCCGUGACGUGCUUCUACCAAUGGGUUGGGACGCCUUUGGGUUACCUGCCGAAAAUGCGGCAAUUGAACGCGGCAUUGACCCUGCCGUUUGGACGAGGGACAACAUUGCUCGUAUGAAGGAGCAGCUUGAGUCGAUGAAUGCAAUUUUCGAUUGGUCGCGGGAAUUUGCAACAUGUGACCCGGAGUUCUACAAACACACCCAGAAAAUAUUUCUUCUCCUUCACAAGCACGGUUUAGUGAGUCAGCGGAAGGCAACGGUGAACUGGGAUCCUAUCGACAAGACCGUACUUGCGAAUGAGCAGGUCGAUUCGGAGGGGAGAUCAUGGAGAUCAGGCGCAAAGAUCGAGCAGCGCGAGCUUGAGCAGUGGUUCUUCCACAUAACCCAAUUCAAGGAGUCGCUCCUACGGGAUCUCAAGAAGCUUGGCGAGGAUGACGCCUGGCCUGAGAGGGUCUUGACAAUGCAAAAGAAUUGGCUCGGACGCACAGAAGGUGCCUAUUACGAAUUUCUCGCCAAUACCGCGGACAAAGGAAUCGAGUCUCGCAAGUUAAGGAUAUAUACGACAAGACCAGAAACUAUAUUUGCAGCUCAGUUCCUCGCUCUCUCUCCACACUCACUCCUGGUGCAACAGAUGGCCCAAGAAGAUCCGGCCCUUCGGGAGUUCGUCGAGCGCGUAAAGGAUCUUCCCCCUGAUACCACAGAAGGUUACGAGAUAUCGUACCUAAAAGCAACUAGUCCACUUUCUUCCCUCAAAGAUGUCCCAGAAGAAAACCUCAAGCCUCUUCCAGUAUACGUUACUCCUUACGUUAGAGGAGACUAUGAGACAGGUGCAAUUAUGGGAGUCCCAGCGCAUGACGCAAGAGAUUUCGCAUUUUGGAAAAGACACCGUCCUGACGAGCCUCUCAAGUAUGCUGUCUCACCUGAGCCUAGCGGGUCUAUCUCCUCUCUCAAAGACGGUCCUUACUUGGAGGCAGGAUUUUUGACUCCUAUUACCGGUUCUUACUGUACUAAGCCUUCUAGCGUUGCAGCGAAGGAUAUCGUCUCCCAGAUCAAAACCACGUCUAACCUUGCAGAAAGUAACACUAAGUGGAAGAUUAGAGACUGGUUGAUUAGCAGGCAGAGAUAUUGGGGGACUCCAAUACCUAUCAUCCAUUGCAACACAUGCGGUCCGCAGCCUGUUCCGGAAGAUCAACUCCCUGUUACCCUCCCUAAAGUUGAUCAUCACUGGGAAAGUGGCCGCCCUGGCAACCCGCUCGAGUCUGCUACUGAUUGGGUUAACACCUCGUGUCCAAAAUGCCACGGUCCAGCCAAGCGAGAUACAGACACGAUGGAUACAUUUGUGGAUUCUAGCUGGUACUACAUGAGGUUUGUAGACCCUAACAAUUUAGAGGCUCCUGUGUCCGAAGCUGCGGCGAAAAGCCAGCUCCCCGUGGACAUCUACAUUGGCGGGGUCGAGCACGCUAUUCUCCAUCUCCUCUACGCUAGAUUUGUAUAUAAAGCGGUUAUGAGUAUUUUAUACCCUGAAAUGGGUAAAGAAGAUGGGCAUCUUAGUUCGCCGUUAGACUUCUCUGGGGAACCUUUCAAGCGACUCAUCACUCAAGGCAUGGUGCAUGGAAAGACAUAUACAGACCCUGACAGUGGUCGCUUCUUGAAGCCAGACGAAGUAGAUUUGUCGGAUCCUUCUCGACCGAAAGUAGUAGCCUCAGGAAAAACGGGAACAGUGUCGUUUGAGAAGAUGUCCAAGUCCAAACACAACGGUGUAGACCCAACUUCUUUUAUCGCUAAAUAUGGGUCUGAUGCUACCAGGGCUCAUAUCCUCUUCCAAGCGCCCGUCGGAGAGAUUUUGAACUGGGACGAGGAUAAGAUUUCUGGUGUCACACGUUGGCUGCGCCGGCUGUAUGACUUUGUGCAAACCGUUACUAAGUCUGAGCCAAAGUCUCAUACUGGCUUUGAUGGAAAAGCUUAUUUCGGCCGUCCUGCGGAUGAAAUAAAGAAGAUGAACGAAAGGGAAUCAGCGCAAUGGGCAGCAGAUGUGGAGGUGUGGCGCGAGACGCAAAACACCAUCGCCUCUGUUACCAAUGCGUUAGAGAAAGUCUAUCCUUUAAAUACGAUGGUCUCGAGUCUGAUGGGCCUCACGAAUAUACUUGUUGAAAACAAGCUAGCUUCGGAUACGAUCAAGCGCGAAGCUACGCGGCAGCUUAUCCGGAUGAUGGCGCCCAUCACUCCUGCAUUCGCCGAGGAGUGCUGGAGCAUUCUUAUACCUAACAGCCGGAGCAUAUUCGCUAAAGGCGAGUGUAGCUGGCCCGUCCAAGAUGGGUCGCUGCAGUUCCUGGGAAGAAGUUACGUCUCUUGCGCCGUGCAAGUGAACGGUAAGCUACGGUGCGUGGUGGAUGUACCAUUGAAGCCAGUAGAGAUCGCAGAUGGCGGAGAUGAAUUCCGCAACUGGGUCACAGAAGAGAUUCUCAAGUCACCCGAAGCGCAGGCUAAACUAGUUGGCGACCUUGACAUCAGGAAAGCUACUAAGGUAUUCCCUGUGAGAGGGGGUGCGGUGGUCAAUUAUGUGAUUCCGAAGAAAAAGGAGUAGAUAAAAGGGGGCGUAGAUAUCUGAUUAGGUUGGCUAGACGUGUAAUAAAAAAAUAGAUGGAUGUACGAAGUAUGCAUGUAUAUAACAAUUGCUAGAGGUCUGGGAGCUCUAAAAUAACUCGAGACAUAGCCCAAAGUGGUUGUUAUCUUCCAACCUUGUAUGAGGAUUUAGAGGCAUAGAGGUACCUAACUUUAACUUAGGUACAGGUUCAAGUGAAUGAAAGUUCUCACUCAUGGACCACGUGACCAACUCAUAUACGUACUACCAGUUAUCAGCC